AUGAGCAUUGGAAUUCUCUUUCUCUUGCUGCUGAGGCUAUCGGCGACACAGGCACACCCUUCCGUGGGGUUCCCGCUCAACGAACAGCUCCCGGAUAUCGCCAGAAUAGGCGAAAACUACCAGUUCGUCAUCAACUCGCAAACCUUCGAGUCGGACAAGGGCGAGGCAAUCCAAUACCAGGCCCACGGCCUACCCGACUGGUUGAGCUUCGACUCGUCCUCCCUCAAGCUGUCUGGCUCUCCCACCGGCAAUGACACAACAGGACAGGUGGACUUCGUCCUGGAGGGCACAGACAGCGAGGGGAGUCUCAACAAAUCAUGCUCCAUCUAUCUUUCCGACCAGCCGGCUCCGGUCAUAAACGCAAAUGAAACCAUCAUUGACCAGCUGCAAAAAAUGGGGACCACAAACGGCUACAAAGGUAUCAUCCUAAAGGCCCAGGACACAUUCAGUUUCAAGUUUGACAGCGAUACCUUCCAACUCCCCUCAAGCUCCAGUAACAAAAUCGUGGCCUACUACGGUAAAAGUGCCAACAGAACAUCCCUACCAAGUUGGUGUUUCUUUGACGCAGAUACGCUAACUUUCUCGGGCACAGCACCAUUUGUCAACUCCGUGAACGCACCUAGUUUGCAAUUCGACUUGACGCUGAUUGCAACUGACUACGCAGGCUAUUCUGCAGCCUACUCCGAUUUCAACAUCGUUGUUGGGGGUCACGAGUUGUUUCUCAACGCUUCAGGCGGGUUCGAUAACAUUGUCAACACCAACCCUGGCGAUACAUUCUCGGCCGAGUUACCCAUUGAAGACGUGUAUUUGGAUGAUAAGCAAAUCGAAACAAACCAAAUAUCUAACGUUGUCGUUUACAAUGGUCCUUCGUGGGUCCAUGUGGAAAACAACACACAGCUCACUGGUACAGUUCCCUCAGAUCAAACUUCCAACGUUGUUGUCAAUGUUACCCUAUUCGACACCUACGGUGAUUCCCUAUUCAUGGAUUUUGACAUUAAUGUUGUCCAUGAGAUUUUUGCGGUCGAUUCACUUUCAAAUGUCACUGUGUCUGAUGGGUCUCUAUUCCAGUACACUUUACCCGACUCUUACUUCAAAAAUAAAACUGCCACUGACCUCGAUGCCGUAUUCAGUGAUACCUGGUUGACCUUUUACCACUCAAACAACACCUUCGUUGGGAAAGUUCCAGAUGAUUUCAAGUCCACAGUAAUUGAACUCGAUGCAUCUAUGAAUAGCAUGAAGCAAGUGAAAAAAUUCUACCUUACAGGGAAGCCCAAAAUUUCAUCUUCUUCUUCAUCAAGAAUGUCCUCUUCCAAAAUGUCUUCCUCUUCGAGAAAUUCUUCGUCUUCGAAAAUACCUUCUUCCUCAAAGAUUUCAUCGUCUAGGUACUCCUCUUCCACUCUAUCUUCCUCCAGCACUAUGAGCAGUUAUAGAUCAGCUUCCAGUUCGGCUACCGCUGCUUUUUCUUCAUCUUAUUCCGCUGCCUCGGCAACCUCGUCAUUAUCCCCUUUUUUAAAUCAGAACAAGAAUUCUGACGCUGACACGAAAAAGAAACUAGCAAUUGGAUUAGGAGUAGCUAUUCCUAUUGUCGCAAUUCUUUCAGCAUUGUUACUCUUCUUUUGCUGUUGUGCUAAGAAUAGAAAGAAAAAUCAAGGAGAGGAAGGUGGUGACAACGAUAAGCCAUCAGGUUCUGGAGCUCUGUAUUUGAUGAAAGAGCAAGGAUCAUCCAAUGCUACAGUAACCUCUGCCCGUGUUCUAGCAGAAAAGAAUUUGACCAACCUUGAAAAGGAUAGCGAUGCAUCUUCGUAUUACUCAGUGGCACAGUCAACAUUAACAGAUGGCUCUAACCAUAACUUAUAUCAAGCUGCAAAACAACAAGCUAGUACAGAUCAACUUUUGACGGAUCCAAAUAGCUCUACUAGUAAUAACAACAGUGGGAUAUUCAAUUCGUGGAGAAGAUCGUCAAAUGGCAACCUGAAAACAAGAGACUCUUUAGGCUCUUUGGCCACUGUUGCAACUAACGAAUUGUUGACCGUCAAUAUGAUAAAUGAAGCCAAACUACGAAAAAGUCAAAUGAUAUAUCCAAAAAUGUCAAAACUACGAAAUAUAAACAAUAGUACUGAUUCAAUGUUUAAUGGUGAAGGCACUGAUCUUCUUGCAGCCAACAAUAGUUUAGCCACUCUAAGAGAAGAGGUGAAUAAAAAUCCUAUCUCUAGAGACGGAUCAUCGCAAACGAUUUCGUCAUCCGAAGCUCAAUUGGUUGGUUUUAACGACAGUGGAUCAGUGGCUAGAAAAAUUCAGAGAGAGAAGAAAUCAUGUCAGGGUGAAUUGUAUAAUAUAGGUGAUGAUGAUGAUUUUGGAGAUAACAUCAGCAACUGA